AAUACCUACAAAACCCCUGCCAUCAUUCUCCUUUGGUUUGUUCUAAUUUCUAAAAGACUAAAAUAAUUCAGCCACGUAAACUCAUGCACUCCACCCAAUGACCCAAGCUCAAUCGAAAUCUCACCCCCUGCUUUUUAUAUGCAGCUUUGAAGCCAUCUUUUUUACCUUGCUAACACAGUACUGAUGGGUUCGAGUCCUUGUGCAAUGGUUGUGGUCGAAGUACAGGCUACUAGAGCCAUGCAUGCCUUGUGCCGCUUGUUGAGAGGAAAAGGGCAGUGCUGUCGAGGCAAGCUGACUGAUGUAACUCAUGCCGAUGAAAGACCGAUCAUGUCAGCUAGAACCUACAUUCAACCAAGAAACUCAGAAGAUGAUGAAGAACUCACGCAUCACAAUACCAGAACCUGGAUCUAUGGCAAAACAAUACUAGAGACAGGGGACUCAUCAAGAAAUGUUAUCGAGUUGAUCUUCAGAGCAACAACAACAGAUAUCACAAGGUGUUCAGUAAAAAUAAAACAUGUCCUUAAGUUGAGUCAUUUGAGGGAAACUCUAGAGAGUUUUGAAAAUUUCAGAGAGGAUGUCAAGAAUAGAUCUUAUGUACAUUAUAAUAAACAUCCUAGAAAUAUGGUAGAUGGUAACGAGCAAUUAUUGUUCUAUGGCACAAAAACCACCCGUUGCAAGUUAAUGGGAACAUCCAAUCUCUGUAGAGACUCCAAUUGCAGCAUUUGCAAUAUAUUUAAAUCUGGCUUUUACACUACAAAGAAGAAAAAUGGAAUAUGGUUUAGUACAAGUUGCGAAGAUCUAGUUAACGCUAAUGCGAAUGCAAAUAUGAUGAAUGUGAAGAUGGCUAUCAUAGUUUGCAGAGUAAUCACAGGAAGAGUUAUUGAUAUGCUCGAUAGGGACUUCGAAGGUGAAUACGAUUCUGUUGGAGGAGUAAAAUCAAACUACUUGUUUGUAAGAAACCCAAGUGCUGUACUACCUUGCUUUGUUAUAAUUUUGAACUGCAAGUAAUUUUGGUGGAUUGUUUUGUC